AAUUUACAAAAUUAGUAGAAUUCUUGAAGAACUCAGAUAAUCAUGAUUGGGUUGCUAAUGUUAGAGAAAAAAUGGAUCUGACAGGAUUUGAUGAAGUUUACGCACCAUUAGCUGAAGCAGAUAUAGAUAACAGUUCUAGUAACUCCGGAACUGUUUCUGAUACCGUUGGAAUCAAUAACGAUAAUCAUAUGGAAAUGCCAACGACAAUGAAACCUCCUAACCUUGGAAUCAUCACAUUUUCCGUCGAUCCUCACAACAUUACACAAAACGUGAUCGAUCCAAGAUUGACUAUCCCGGAAGAGGAACUAAUGAAUCAUAAUGGACACCACCAUUACUCGGAAGUUGACUCGAAAAACGAUCUUGUCAUGAGGGCUCCGGGAA